CAAUCGCCAUGCUCUUCUGAGACCAGAAGUUGGAGAAGUCGUUAAAUUCUUUAAAAUGAUGUCCCUUAAUCAAAUGUUAACUAGUUUAAUAAAAAACAAACGCAAUGCAUGUUGUUUAUGUUUCCAUAAAACGGGCGUGCACAAUACUGAGGAACUUGUUUCUAUUAAAGAUCAAGUCAUCGUGAAUAUUAAUGGUAAAGAAGAAACCUUGAAUAUGUCAGAAAUUUUAAAUUCAGUUUUGGGAAUGAAGACUUAUGAUUUCGUCGCAUCAUUUGACGUUUUAUGUGACAAAUGUACCAGAUUAACUAUAAGCAGUUAUACGUUUAUGCACACAAGCCGAAAUAAUGCUGAUUUGAUGAUCAAAAUGCUCAAUACUGUAACGAAUAGUGUAGAAGCCACUACGGAAAAUCUGUACGGAAGCAAAACCCUAUAUUUAUCUUUGAAUCCUGAAGAUUUCACCAGCAACCAAUUUUACGAUUGCCGAAAAAUUAUGAAUUGCAAGGAAGCUUCCAGAAGAUUUUUAGAAAUUUUAAAUCCAACAAAACCAAUUAAAUCUGAGCAAAAAGAUAUUAUAAUUGAAAAAGAACAUAAACGUUCACCGAAUUUCGAUAUACCGUUAAACAAAAUUUUAUUCGACGAAAACAACCCUGACAUACUUAUGUGCAAGGAAUGUCUUAAGACAUAUGCGACAAUAUGUAAUCUAAGAAGUCAUUAUAUAAGAGUGCAUGCUCCAAAAAAGUACAAAUGUAUUGAGUGUCCCCGUAAGUAUGGCUCCAAGGCAUACCUGAACAUUCACAGAAGGGACAGUCAUUCUGUGUUUGUUUGUUCUGAAUGCGGUAAGACAUUCUAUAAUAGUAAUACAUUCAAAGAACAUGAGUUGGGUCAUCAAACGAGCAUAGUAUGCCCAGAUUGCGGUAGGACGUAUAAAAAUAAAAGUACCUAUAAAAAGCACAAGGAAAACAAUGUAUGUGAGCAACAAUGCCGGGCUCAUCCGUCUCAAGCUAAAUUCACAUGUGAUUAUUGUGGCAAAAAAUAUACUCAAAAAAUGUCUUUACGUGUUCAUAUUCAAUAUGAGCAUGGUAAUUAUAAGUCACAUGUAUGUGAAUGGUGCGGUAAGAAAUAUUGGGCCCAGAGUAGACUGAAAGCGCAUAUAGUCAAGCAUACAAAAGAAAAGAAUUUUGGUUGUACCAUCUGCGGUGGAAAGUUUGUAUCAAAAGAGUCUUUAUUAUAUCACACACGGAUCCACACUGGGGAAAAACCAUACAAAUGUAAGCAUUGUGAUGCAAGUUUUAUUUCGGCUUCUCGAAGAUCAGAACAUAUCAAACGUCAUCAUGUUGGGGUCGGUUUAGAGUGCAAUAUAAAAUUUACUUCCAAAACAUACAUGCUGAAACACAAUAAGAGUCAUGAAGAGAUAAAGAAUGAGAUCCAAGAACAGAAUAUGGGGCCCGCAGUCAAUAUUGGUAGUCCAAUUUGUAAUGAGGCAGCUGCAAUACCAACUGUUUCAUAUGAAGUUUACGAAGAUAAUACUGAAACUGAAACUGAUAAUACUUAUUAUUUGCAAGUGUGUGAUGAUAGUCAAGAGUACAUAAUUAACUUCCCAAAGAAUGAAGUUUAAUAAUAAAUUGCAUUACAGCUUAGCU